CUCGCAGAUGAAUCAGCUGUGCAGAGUUUGCGGAGAGCCAGCAGCAGGCUUCCAUUUUGGAGCCUUCACCUGCGAGGGUUGCAAGUCCUUUUUCGGGCGGACGUACAACAACCUGGACAACAUCUCGCAAUGCAAGAACGGAGGGGUGUGCGUGAUAAACAAGAAGAACCGCACCGCCUGCAAGGCAUGUCGCCUGAGGAAGUGUCUGAUGGUGGGCAUGUCGAAGUCAGGAUCCCGGUACGGUCGUCGUUCGAACUGGUUCAAGAUCCACUGCCUUCUCCAGGAGCAGUCGCACCAGGCCCAGGCUCGACUGAAGGAGCCGAAAUCCCCAUACGAGAAGGCGAUCAGCUCCCUGGACGCGGCGAACAACAACAACAGCAACAACAACGGAGCCAGUGGGGUGGUGGGUGGUACCACCAACAUCUUCCAGCAGGAGACGCUCCCGAAGCGGGACGAGGGCAUAGGCCAGCAGAAGCUGCCAUCAGGAGGUGUCCUCAGGACCCAGGACCUGCACAGGUCGCAGGACAUCCUGAGGUCCCACGACCUCCUGAGGCCGGAAGUUCCGCGCUUUCCCCUCUGGCGAGGUCCUCCCUUCUUCCACCCAGCAUUAACCCACAUGCAGCUGCUGAAUUCACCCUUCUUCCCGUUCCAGCAGCGUUUCCUAGUGCCCUACGUGAACCAGGUCGACACACCUGUCCUGGCGACCAGCCUGUCCAGUUCCUCCAGCGAGAGCGUGAGUCCCAGGUCGAGUCCGUCCCCCAAGCCCGAGGAGAACAGGCUCGCACCUGGGGAAAUCGGUCAGAGGACUCAGAGGGUCAACCAGGAGGCCCUGGAUGAGAGCCUGGCGUUCCUCAGGUCCCUGGGACCCGAGCAGGACGAGCCUAUAGACCUGAGUAUGAAGGGCGGCGAGAAGACUGCCACGGAAGCCGAAGUGCCGAGGACUUCGGAAGAGGACAGGUCCUCCGAGAGCGAGGACAACGAGGUCCUCGGGGAAGCCGAGACGGGACCUCCGCUGGACCUCACCAGGAAGACAUGACACGAGGGGCUUGAGAGGUCUGAGACUAGUCGAGGUGUCUCGGAAGACUCUUCCACCUAGACACUCCCUUAUCCAAGAUUUGGAUCGGGACCUUAGGGGCCGUGAGUGAGGUGUUCUCACAUUGGAACCUGUGCAAGCGGUGUUUGUAGUUCCGAGGACAGAAGGAUCCUUAGCAGACUGGCGAACGCAAGUUAUCUGAAGGUACCAAGUCCUGGUGGUGUUUUAGACUGGAUUCCCAUUUGAUUUCACCAGCUAGGUAAAACAAGGUGUUCCUUCAAUUUGUUGUGGCUUUCGGGAAUGACCCACGUCCAUUGUCGCUAGGGGGUCGAUGUUUCGCAAACUUCAUCAGGGCAGACCCUGCUGAAAUGUGAAGAAGGUGAUUCCGAACAUCUUCCUUAGCAGACUGGCGAACGCAAGUUAUCUGAAAGUACCAAGGUGGUGUCUCAGACUGGAUUCCCAUUUGAUUUCACCAGUUACGUAGAACAAGGUGUUCCUUCAAUUUGUUAUGGCUUUCGGGAACGACCCACGUCUAUUCUCGCCAGGAGGUCGACGUUUCGCAAACUUCAUCAAGGCAGACCCUGCUGAAAUGUGAAGAAGAUGGUUUCCGAACAUCUUCCUUAACAGACUGGCGAACGCAAAUUAUCUGAAGGUACCAAAGUGGUGUCUUAGACUGGAUUCCCUUUUGAUUUCACCAGUUACGUAGAACAAGGUGUUCCUUCAAUUUGUUGUGGCGUUCGGGAAUGACCCACGUCUAUUGUCGCCAGGAGGUCGACCUUUCGCAAACUUCAUCAGGGCAGACCCUGCUGAAAUGUGAAGAAGGUGAUUUCGCGAAACCAACGCUAGAGACCAACCAAGGGCUCCUGGAGAACUGGUCUCAUCUGGUCUCAUCGGCAUCCAAGUAGGAUCUGGAACCGCAAAGAGGAGGCGCAAUUGGGGAAGGUUCCCAGUACUUUCUUGACCAGCUUCGAGUGAUCACGGAUGAACUUCGUAGGACGUUGUUACCUGUGUUAACGUGGACUUAUGGAAGACCCCCGUUGCUGAAAGUACCCAAAAUGGACGUUUAUGUGGGACCACGUCAGUGUUCACCCCGUUGUGUCUUGAUCGGUGGUUCUGGGGUUGAAGUGCCCGCAGUAACGUGCUCAGGAGGUGCAACAUCGACGUCGCAAUCAUCGUCGAGGAGUAUUUCGAGUCCAGCGGCCAUUCUCUGCCAUCCAUCUUGGAACGGCGGACUGUAAAUAAGAUGUUAAACGAGUGGUAAGGGAAAGUCGGAACGAAUCCGUCGGUCCGUCUCAUUUCGCGCGAUGUUCAAAGCCGAAGGCCAGUCUAUUCCUUCCUCUUAUUUUUUUUUCCUUUUUUUAUUAUUGCUAUACUCUCGCAGACGUUAUUUAUGUUCGAGCCGAAAUUAUUUAACGAACCGAUUGGCCGUUUAACGGUGAACAACGGCGAAUCAGAAGGGUUAAUCGCGAGUACAAAGAGGACGCGUUAUGCCAUCAGAGGGAAUACCAAGUGUUUCAAGAUAGCGUUUAAUAAAGUUUUAUUAUC